UGGAACUUCUUUUAGUUAGUGAUGAAGUAUAAACAUGUUGUGAAAAGUGCACAACACGGGUGGAGGCCCUCACCAGCUAUGUCUUCUCACUCUCCUAUACACUCUCACUCUUAUCUCACGACAAUGAUAUUGGAUUUAACUCUCAUCCCUCCCUGAUUUUGUGAAUUCUUGCAGGAUGGAGGAAUUCCUGAAAGAUUACUCUAUUACUUCACUUUUUGCUUACUCUGAAUCUGUAUAAUUUACAACAGUUGUCACAAAUGCUGGAAAGCUUGGGAUAAAGCCUAGCAUAAGUAUUACAAAUGAUUAGAACCAUUAUGAGAGGGGAAUAAAACGGCUAACAGAUAGUCAUUUUUAAUCCACCCUUUGAUUAAUUUCUGGAAUUAAUUUCCUUUUAAUCUUUGCCUGCCACAAGCUAGGUUAUAAUUAUGAUAAUUCCAACUCCGGACUGGUCAUACAAGCUAGGUUAGGUCACAUCAAUCACUAAAAUUAAUUUUUUAUUCUAGAUACUUAUGGUAGUGGAAUAGAUUUGCUACUAUGUGACUUGUGUCACUGCUAACUACCACUGUACACCUCAACAACUUGGUAGAUCCAAGAUUUACUCAAAACACUUAUCCUAUAGUGACCGUAGGAAAAUGUACCAUUUUACAUACUAAAAUGUGUAAAACAGCCACUUACUUAUGCCACUUACUGUAAAUAAAACUGUGCCACUUGGCACAAAGACUGCUGUAUUUUUUUUAUGAAUGUUUGCAAAAUAAACCAAAUCCAGUUUUAAAUGAUGGGUUUUGUUCUCAACUCCCAGUCAAGUCUGCCAGGUUUGAUUUCCUGGCUGGACAGAAAAGGUUGGGCAAGUUUCCUUACACCUAAUGCCUCUGUUCACCUAGCAAUAAAUAGGUGCCUGGGGAGUUAAGCAACUGUUGCAGGGUUGCAUCCUGGGAAAGGUCAGUAUUUCGUCCUUGUGGAAUCCUUGAUAAAAGCCUAAAGUAUAUAUAUACAUAUACACAGGCUUCCUGUCCUAGCCAAAUGAAUUAAUAGUUAUUAAAUCUAACCAAAUUUAUCCUAGCCUUAACUGGACCUGCCUAACUGAACUUAUCAAAUGUGUCCAGAAAUGUGAAAUUUACUGGAAGGGUUAUGAUGUAAAUGGGUUAACAUUUACUCAUAAAGCUUCUAUGCUAUAUUACAUGGUUUCACAUUCACAAAGUGUAUCAUGGGUUAGGUUUGGUUAGGUCACAAUACUUGUAUGCAGAGUGUCGUCGUCUUUGCAAUAUGUGGCGUUUGCAUGAAGGUGUAUCCUCCCAAUUACUGCACGAGUGGUAAUGUAGAAAGAUGUAUCAGCUACAAUGUACAGUGGCACAUCAACGGUCACAAUGUGACAGAGGCGGGAAGAUAACAACAUCGUCCAUGUGGAUGAGGAUAAAGGCAAAAGAAACAGAUGAGAGGGAAGGGACACAGGACUUGAAUAAUGAGGAGUACGGAAGGCGAACACAAAGCGUCACCUCAGUAAAGAAAGCGAGGGACGGAGGGUGGGAAGCGAAGGAUAUGUAGGAAGCAGGCACCAAGCAGACAUGAGAAAGUAAGGGAGGUGCGAGCAGAGGAAGGUACAUGGAGUGAAUGUGUAGAAGGGCAGAGGAAGUCAAAAGUGUCUUCUGUAUGAAAGUGCCUAUAUCUUAACUAAUCCUCCAUUUUCCAACCUUUCCUAUUUCCUAUCUAUGCAUUUCUUUUAAAAAUAGGUUUAGUUAGCUUUAAAGUUACAGUUUGUGGAUGACAAUAGCUUCAGGGGUCAUAAUGCCUUAUUGAUAAAUGAAGGACCCGAGCAUCUGAAUUCUACUGUAUUAAUUAAGCUGGACAAUGUUUCCUAUCAAUUCAUAGUAAUAGAAAUGCUAAGCAUUCUUUGUUUUAACUAUUCCAUUUUUUUGGUAGAGAAUGGUAAAUGUUUCCAUCAUGCUUGUGGCACAGAUUUGGAGAUGUGCUUCCUUUGUAAGGCAAGAGACUCUGAUUACACUCUUGUCCCACAUGUAAAAUAAUAAUAAUAAUAAUAAAGUAGUAAUAAUAAUAACAGUCUGAGGCCUUACCUUAUUUUUCCCAGAAUAAGAGCCACUGUUCACUUUAUACUCAGGUCCCCAAAUACAAAUACCCUGUAUGUUCUGUUGUGUGAACAAAGGUGAUCCCAUGAAAUGCCAAAAAGGACUCAAAAGGAGGUAUAAUUAUGGAAAUAAAUGGUGUUCAUGGAGUUACAACUCAUCAUCUGGUGGAGGCUGGCGAUAAUGAUGAUGAGGACGAAAUGGACAGCGAUAAUGACCCCCUCAAGAUUACCACCAUGAUGACACAUAAUGGCAGACACACUAUAAGUCAUACUGCCCUACAAAAUGAAGUGCAUUAUGUAACAACAGAUGAGUCUGGAAAUGCAGUCACUGUUGUGUAUCCUCAGUCUGCACUGCCCUUGAUCAGAACACCAGAUGGAAGUUUGGUCAACUUUGUUGACCUUCCUGGAGUGCAUGGUGAGCUGUCGUUAGAUCAAGAGGAAACAGAUAUGGUGCUUCAACAAGAUUUCUCAGGAGAAGGACCAAUCACUGUAGUGACUGCAGAUGAUACUGGGGAACAGCUAGCCCUGUUAGACCAUGAACAUGGCCAUUCAACUGUCACCAUGACCAGUAGCGAGGGGACACAAGCCAUUACAUAUCUUACGGCUGCAGAGGAUACUGGUGAUGGGUCCGCUUCAGCUAUCUUAGGUGAGCAACUGAUUCAGAUACCUGCAAGUGAUCAGUCUGGGUCAGCACACACCAUAACACUGCCACUCUCAUUUCUGAAUGACAGUGCUGGGGUGUCCAUAUUACAGGGGCUUAGCCAUCUUCAGUUACCACUAGUAGGAGAAACUAGUGGAGAUUCAAUUACAUUAACAUCUACAGUUGACUCAAAUAAUAUGACUUCCGUUAGUGGUGCAGAUGUUACGCACAGUCAAGUUCUUUCAGUACUUCAAUCUUCAACUAUACCUACUACGGCUAGUGGCACAUUUAGUGUCAUGACUUCUCAGUCUACUAUUCACAGGGAUCAUAAUGGAAUACCAACCACUCAACACAUUCAUGUUCCAAUUGCAACAUCCAAGUCUCAUAAUUCAAGUUCAAAGCCUGUCGUCCUAAAAACAAGUAGUUACAUGUCAGGAAAGCAGAAUUAUAAUCAACAACCUCGAAAGUUCAUUGGGACUGGUCCACUGGCUAUAUCUGCACAAGGUGUUCUUCAGAGGAUUGGAAACCGAAUGGUCACUGUCCUGCCACGUCCCGAAGACUUGAAGAAGCUGAAAGAAAGCAAGUCUUUAAUUGUAAGUGUCAAAGGAUCUGGUGACUCUGAUUUUUAUGGGUCAAAAAGUCCUCGAACCAGAAAGAUUCCAGUGCCAGUACGACCCCAUCAACGCUAUGGAAGAAGAGGCAGAGGGGGAGGACGUGGCAGAACACUACCUUUAUCUAGAAUAGAUGUAAGAGACGAUAAUGAACAAUUUGCUAAAACUAUGUCACUGCUGAAGAAGGAAGUCGCAGGUGAUUCAAUAUUGCUUGCCGAGACCUCUGCAGAUCAUCACCUGGAUGGCUGCAGCAUUAAGUUGGAGGAUUCAGGAAGUGAAGGCAUUUUGGUAGAUAUGACUUUACCUGGUGGAUCACCAGCAUCAGCUGUUUUGGUGAAAGGCCCACCAGAGGUUGAGGAAUUUGUACUACCAGAAUUAAAUUGCACCUUACCAAUUAUUCCUCGUCGUGGGCGUCGUAAAAAAAGAGGUCGUGGACGUCCCAGAGGAACAUAUGUCAUAUCCUCCACAGGCCGGAGACCUGGAAGACCAAAAAAGGUCGAGACGUUGCUUGAAGGACCUCAUGGAGCCCGCAUGAUACACACUGGACCAGAUACUCGAUUGGAUGAAGAACAGGAUGACCAAGAAAGUGAAUUGUCAGAAAAUGCUCCAACAAUUGAGCUGGCAGGUGUAGACGGGAAUGAUGGAUUGCAAGAACUGCGAGUGUUGGAGAUGGGAACCCUGAAGCAGGAACCAUUAGAUUAUGAGCUUAAGAAAGAAGAGGAGGUUGACCCCAAUAAGCGAAAACUGCCACCCAGACGGAGAGGAUUACGAUAUGAGAAAAUGAUUCAAGCCUUAAAGAAGCGCGAAAAUGACGAUGAUGACUUCUCUAUGGGUGAGGAAGAUGACUUUUCCCCCGACUACCUGACAUAUCGUCGACCACCACCUGCACCGCGAACAAGAGGAACAUCAGGGCCAGGCAAACGAGGGCGCCCAAGGAAGCAUUGGCCAUGUUCUUCAACGAUGAUCAAGUUGGAGCCAGACAAUCAGCACCACAUUCUAGGAGGAGCCAUGGAUACUGCCCAUAUGACUGAGGUUGGUGCCAGUGACUUGGUCACUAGCAUGACAGAUGGAGAAUUAACAGAUGCAGAAAAGCACAACUUGCUUAUCACAUUCCAAAGGCCUGAGACCGGGGAGAUGGUGAUCACCAUGCUUCCACCGCCACCAACAGCUCAGCAUCAGGGUGAAUUCCAUGACCAUACAACUACAGAAGGUACUCAGACAGAAGAGGAUAUGGAUCUUACAACUGAUGAUGUUGGUGUCAAUGGUCACAGGUGUGAAGAAUGUGGAGACAUUAUCCAAUUUAAACGCGACUACAUCCGUCACCUGCGUCAGAAGCAUAAUCUUCGGCCAUAUGAGUGUGAUCAGUGUGGCAAGACUUGUACAUCUCAUACAGCUCUGGAAGCUCACCACAAAGUUCAUGGAUUAGAGAGGCCACAUCGUUGUGAUUACUGUGGAAAAGGUUUUGUUGAUUCCUCUCAUCUUAAAACGCAUAUUCUUACACACACAGGAGAGAGACCUCAUCAAUGCCAGCAUUGCUUCAAGGCAUUUACACAGGCAUCACAGCUGAAAAAGCAUUUAACUAUUCAUGAAGAAAAUCAUCAAUUCAAGUGCUCAGUGUGUAAUCGCACUUUUGCUCACCGUGAUACUCUCUACACUCACAUGAAAACCCAUACUUCAAAUCGUCCAUUUAUCUGUGACAUUUGCAGUCUUGGUUUUGUCACUAGCAGUGGCCUCAACCGGCACAGAAAGGUUCACAAGAGAUCUAGUGACCCUGUUGGAGGUCUUCAGGAUGAACUUAAAUGCACAGUGUGCCAAGCCAAUUUCACUUACAAAAGAACGUUGACCAAGCAUAUGACCACUGUGCACGGGGAUGGCAUUGAAGUCAAAGAGGAAGAUGAAGCUGCUGGGAAACCAUUUUCAGAUGAAGUUUCAAUUGUGGAACAGCUUCGGGAACAGCUCAAUGAAGGGUAUGCACCUAAAACCUCUGAACUGUAUGAUGAACCUAAACAGUCAGAAACUCUUGAAAGCAAGUUUCCUACAAAUCCAUUCAAAUGUGGCAUAUGUGAGGAAUCAUUCACGGAUGUUGAUGUGCUCUGUGAUCACUACACAAAUUCUCACACUGGUGAUCAAGAAGUGUACUGUGAUGUAUGUAGUGUUGGUUGUGCUACAGAACAACAACUUGAGCAGCACAAACAGCUUCAUAUUUUUGAAGAACAACAAUCUAUAAUACACACUUUGCCAACAGAGGAAUUUCCUUAUGUUUGUUCUAUUUGUGGAAAGAACUUCAGAAAACAUCAAGAAUUUGUAAGGCAUCAAAGAGGACAUACACAAGAAAAGAAUUAUAAAUGCGAUCUUUGUGGUGCUGGUUUUCCACUGAAGUCUGCUUUGGAUAAGCAUGUUUUAGUUCAUACUGGUGAAAGACCAUUUAAAUGUGACAUUUGUUUAAAGAGUUUCCGACAAAGUGCAGCAUUGGUCAGACACAAAUUGUGGACUCACAGAUUAAAAAACCAAAAUAAGUGUGAAUUAUGCGGUAAAACUUUCUUUACUCCAGCCCUGCUUCGAUAUCACCUUGAUAGCCAUGGAGAUGCAGGCCAGUCUGUGAAAUCUCGUCUUGUAGAAAUAUCAGAAGUCGAGGAGCAGUUAUUAGAGCAACGUCGUGGCAUUAAGCAAGAAGAAAGAAUAGACUUAGAAAUUAGUAAAGAUUUAAGGAGUGAAGGUGAGCAUAAUUGUGAGUACUGUCAUAAGAUUUUCCCAUCUUAUGUCUCGCUUCUCACUCACAAACUUACACAUAAACUAUCAGCGUCUUAUAAAUGUGAUGUAUGUCACCGUACAUUUCGUGAGAAAAGGUAUCUGCAAAAGCAUAAAUUAACCCACAAAGGAGUGAAGAGUUGGAAAUGUGACAUUUGUAAGAAAGCUUUUGCCACAAAACUAACUUUAAUCAGACACUCUCAUGUGCAUCUGCGUGAAGCUCUUCGUCCUGGUCCUGAUUUGCCCUUCAUUCAUGAGGAAGGAGAGGAGGGAGGGGAGAUGAUUAGUGGAAGUACACUUCCGUUAAUCCUCAAGUGUGAUGAAUGUGGUAUUGAUUUUGCACAUAAAAGUCACUUUGUUCGCCAUAAACUUUUACACUCUGGCACUCCACUUCUAAAGUGUGGCUUGUGUAAUAAAUUGUUUGUGCACAAGAGUGAUAUAAUUCGACAUAAGGUCAUGCAUUCAUUCAUGUUUACCUGUGAUGAGUGUGGACGAAACUUUCACAAGCGAUCAUUGUUUAUCAUGCACAAGAAGAAACAUAUUGAUGACAAGCCAUUCAAGUGUGAGUGUGGCAAGAGCUUUUCCACAAGUGGUAAUUACAACACUCAUAAGCGUAUUCACAGUGGUGAAAAGCCAUACAAAUGUGAUAUGUGUGAUUACAGGUGUUCACAGAGUGGCCGGCUUAUAAAGCAUAAAAGAAUGCAUAGCGGAGAAAAGCCAUACCAAUGUGAAACUUGUGGCAAGUACUUUGCCAAUCAUGAAUCAGUCAAAAUUCACAUGAGAAUUCAUUCUGGAGAAAGACCAUUUAAAUGUGGUAACUGUGGUAAGACUUUCAUAAACAACAGUAGUCUUAAUCUACACAUGCGGGACCACAUUCGGGAGGAGAUGUUUAAGUGUGAUAUUUGCAACCACAAAUUUCGGCGAGAACAUCACCUUGAAAAGCACAGACAGUUUCAUCACCUUCAACAGCAAUAUCAGAAUGCCAAUCUAGGCCUUGAGACAGAUGGAAAUGUAGAGGUCCAUCUUUAUAUGUGUGAGAUAUGUGGUAGAGUAUUUGAUAAGAAGAAAUACCUAUAUACUCAUCACAAUGUUCACUCACGUCAGCGUAGCUUUCCAUGCAGUUUUUGUGGAAAACAACUGGCAUCUCGUCUUGCACUGAAGAACCAUAACUUAAUUCACACUGGAGAAAUGCCCUUUAAGUGUAGUCAGUGUAAAAAAGAAUUCCGUAGCUCAUCAAAUCUAAAACGUCAUGAGCGUUCACAUCCUGCCCAGGAUGUGAGUGCAUUAAGAUGUGAUGUAUGUGAUGAGAGUUUUUAUAACUCAGAGCUUUUGAAUCAGCACAAAGCAAGCCAUAUGCAAGGCAUGAUGAUAAUGAACUCAGGAGUAGAAAGUGUAACAACAGCAGAUAAUUCCCAUCACUUGUAUGUGUUUGAAACAGUGGGAGAGGUUGGUGAGGCUAUGGAUUCAACCCAGCAGCUGUUAGUUGAUAAUAGUCAACAGCAGUUUUUAGUUGAUGGUUCACAGCCACUUUUGGUCUUUCCUGAAGGAGCCAAUACACCAUAUUCUGAGCUCACAGAGGCACCAGAUCCAGAGCAAGAACAGGUUGAAUCAGAUAAUGUACCACAGCCAGAGGUUAUUAUGGUGCAUGAAAAAAUGGAAGAACAUGAGGACGAGGAGAGGGUGGUUGAAAAGCCUUUUGCAUGUGAUGACUGUGGUAAAUCUUUUGCCAAGAAACAGUAUUUGACAAAGCAUAAAUAUAGGCACAGGGAGGUUAAACCACAUGCAUGUGAUGUGUGUGGAAAACGAUUUGCACAAAAGUUUGAGGUUGCUGUACACAAAAUCAAACACACAGGAGAGCGUCCAUACCAGUGUGAUAUAUGUCGCAAACCUUUCCGUAGUAAAGUGAAUCUCCUUAACCACAAAAUGCGUCACACUGGAGAGUACCCAUUUUUAUGUUCAGUGUGUAGUAAGGGCUUCACCACACAGCUGCAGCUUGAGCGCCACGUGUCACUUCAUACUGGCUCACAUCCUUACAAGUGUAGUAUAUGUAAUAAGGGCUACACUCAACGAACCACUCUGAUAAAGCACUUGGCCAAGGCUCAUGAAAUUUUAGAUGUUUCACAGAUUGAAGCAAUGAACUCCCUGGAAAAUGCAGAAGCAGUUGAAAACAUGGAGGGUAUGGAAGAGGUAAAAAAUGUGGAUAUAUCUAUGCUUUCUUCUGUUCCUGAGGCUACCAUGGAGGGAAGCAAUCAGGCCACUGUAGAAGAGGCUGAAAUAACUAUGGAUGCUGAUUUGCUAGCAAAUGAAGAGCAACAGGCAGCAUACUCUGUAGUGGAGGUUCACCCAGAUUACCUAAAAGAUUACCUGCUGGGGGGACCACAGGUGGUAGCAACUCAUGACAUGGACCCCAAACUCUUACAAUCUAUCCUUCAACAAGUUCGCAGUGAUGCUACUACUACUAUCACAGAUGGACAAGCUGUUGUUCAUGUUAAUGCAAUUGAUGAAUAACCUAUUUAUAAGUUUCACCAUCAUAGUACAGUAUAGGUAUUUGGAUGCCAAUUUUUUUGUAAAUACAGUAGUAGCUUAUAUUUAUAAUUUUUCAGUAAGUUUCAUAUCCUCUGAAGAAUUUCCCAGUCAAGUAAAUAUAAAUCUUGGAAUGUGUUUAAAUAUUGUUCUGUGUAAGUAGUUAUACAGUAUUUAUGAAUUCAAGCCUUUGACAAAUUCAUAGUCUUAAGUAUUUUUCUCUCUCAUUUGUUUAUUUUAAACAAGACACAUUAUAUGAAAUUAAGUUUGUUGUAUAUAUUGUAUAUACUGUGGUGUUAAAUAUUUUAAACCUGUACUUGUCUGUUUUGAAUCUUAUUUCUGAGAGGGCUCCUUGGUGCUAAAUACAUAGAUAUCUUCACCCAAUUCAAUCCACACCUGGCUCUUAUGAGUCAUUGUAAGCCUCCCAGGGACCAGAGGCCAAAACCUGACCCCUCUAGAGUCACAAGAAGCAGGGAAUCCUUGAUCACCCUAACCAAGAAGCAACCAGAAUGGUGGGCAAACCAAACUAUACAAUCAGCAAGGUAAACAAAACGUAGAAAAUGAGACCACGAACUCCUGAAACAGAUGAACCACCAGGGCCAGGAUUCAACAAGCAGUUAUGUAUCUACAGUAUUUACAAACCUGUACAGUACAUCUUUUCUUAAUUUUGAUGGCUUUGUUUACAUUUAUUAAAUGGUUUAUGAGCUCCGAAGCACUAGGAGGCUGUUUAUAACAAUAACAACAUUUGACUGGGAACAAAUCCACAAGGGCUGUGA